CCAAGCGCUGCGGAGUGGCAGCGAGUCACCCUUUCCUCACUCUCAACCCCUACCACAACACUCUAGCAACACUCUACAACCCCUCUAUCGCAUCUCUGCAAACCACUAUGGUUUACAAACGCAAGACGACCGCCAACCGCAAGCAUCACAGGGCGCGAGUUUCUCGCUCUGCCACACCGGCUGUGACUGUAUCUUUGGCCAAGCGGGCGAAGAGCACAUCUACUCAUGGCAAGUCUCGUCGGCAGACGCAGAGGCAGAAGAGGUACAGGCAAGUGAAGCAGCGGCAGUCUCUUCGCGCUCAGCAUCAGCACUGGGCCGAGAUAGCACGCGACACUCAGAGGAUCAUUCUCGGAGACGGCAAGUACUUCGAAGAGAAGUCCUACUCUAUGUCGUUCGCGUCUACUGCUUCUGCUGCUUCGCCAUCCUCAGGUAACUCCGAUGGCUCGCUGCUUGCUCCUCGGAUGCCGAUGGAUAGCUCUGUAACUAUGGCGGUUGCCCACGAUAUUGGACCACAUAUUCUCAUCAGCAAACAAGGCACUACCUUCAUCCCCCACACCCACCCGUCACUUGCAGAUUGGCGCAAAUCAAGCUCCCCAGCGUCUCUAGCCAAGUUCACGACGACCAUCGACUUCACCCAUUCCUCGACUACAGCUGCCGCUCGAGCCUUGCUUUUACAACACCCAGAUCUCUGCACGCAGCCCAACCGCGACCUACCCAAGUCCUCGAUCGGCGUUCUGUCGUUCGCAUCGCCAAAGCGGCCGGGUGGUGGCUGGUUGCACGGCAGCAACGAACAGGAGGAGGCCUUAGCCCGCACAAGUUCUCUUGUUGCUAGCCUGCAGACAGAUCAUGCUAAAGAGUUCUAUAGGACGCAUCGCGAGUUCUUGAAGAUCGACGGUGCGGGCCUGCACGAUCAUUCCAUGGUGUACAGCCCCGGCGUAGUCGUCUUCCGAUCUGACGAGAGCGUCGGUACGUUGUCACCGUGUACUUCGACUCAAACCCGGAACAAAUCUCCCAGGAGAAAGAAGAAGUCGCCUUCGCCUGCACCCGCAGCUGCCACUCAACCUCAGGAAGCAUCAUCGACGACGGUGCCAUCCGCCUCGUCAAUUUCGCAGAGUACGUUCAUACCCCCCUUCGUUGUGAACGUCCUUUCUGCCGUCCCUGUCAACGCAGCGGCGAUCAAGCAAACAUAUUCCAUCGACUCUUCGACUGCGUUUGUGUUCGAGGACGGCAUCCGCGAGACGAUGCGCACGCGCAUGGCUCGGUCAUUGCGCAUCUUCCAAAUGCGCGGCGACCGUGCGCUCAUCCUCGGUGCAUUCGGAUGCGGGUCAUCGGAGAACCGCGUUGAAGAGGUUGCAGAGCUCUGGGCAGAGCUGCUCGUCACGGGUGAGCGCCCUCGGUCGACAGAUGACGAAGCGCCCCGGACACCGCCAGCGGCAGGCGACGACGUUGAAGGUAGACGAGUUUUCGAACGGCACGGGCCCGUAUUCAAGGACGUGUUCGAGCACAUCGUCUUUGCGGUGCCCGGAAAAUUGUUCGAGCCCUUCAAGCGAGCGUUUGAGAUGCGCCUUCUCGAGGCGCAGCUCUCGGACGCUAUCACCUGUGAGUAGGCGAUUCACCAUGGACUUUCUCCGUUACUGCUAUCUUUGUCUUUACUUGUCUUCACGCUCGGUCUAUUGUUGGGUGUACGUGUAUUUCUAGGAACAGUCCGCUAUUCCAAUCUUUUGCUUCCGAUGCUCUUAGUAUGUACUGUAUGCUUCCGUAUAAUAAUAUACCACUCCAAUC